AAAUUAUUUUAAAAAAACAGGGUUGCGCAACAGCGGAAGUUCGGGGAACCAGGAACUGCAGGAAGAAAAAACAAAACGAAAACACGGCACUGUGAUGUUGUGGCGAAGUGUCGCCUGCUAACCAGGCUGUGGAGCUAGCCCACCCUGAUACACACAUUCAGGGAAACAUGGGAGGCUCUCAAAGCGCCGACAUACCGGGUGGAGGAACUGAAGGCUACCACGUCCUCAGAGUGCAGGAGAAUUCCCCCGGUCAAUGUGCAGGACUAGAGCCAUUCUUUGAUUUCCUCAUUUCCAUUUGUGACACUAGACUGAACAAGGACAAUGACACCCUAAAAGAGUUGCUGAAGAUGAAUGUGGAGAGGCCCAUCAAGAUACUGUUAUAUAGUAGCAAGACACUGGCAGUGAGGGAGACAACAGUCACACCCAGCAACAUGUGGGGUGGCCAGGGCCUUCUGGGAGUCAGCAUUCGCUUCUGCAGCUUUGAAGGAGCCAAUGAAAAUGUUUGGCAUGUCUUGGAAGUGGAACCAAACUCUCCUGCAGCCCUGGCUGGUUUGAGGUCCCACACUGACUACAUCAUAGGAGCGGACACUGUUAUGAAUGAGACUGAAGAUCUGUUCUCCGUGGUUGAAACCUAUGAAGGGAAGGAGUUGAAGCUGUAUGUUUACAACACAGACACAGACAACUGCCGGGAGGUGGUCAUCACUCCAAACUGUGACUGGGGUGGAGAGGGCAGUCUAGGAUGUGGGAUUGGCUAUGGCUACCUGCACAGGAUACCUAUACUACCAUUUGGAGAGGGCAAGAAUAUCAGUUUCCCUGCACAGACUCCUAGUGAACCAACUAAAGAUGGCUUCACAGAGGUCCAUCUCUCUGCUGUUAUUCCAACGGUUCCAGUUGCUGUGUCUUCUGCUUCGACUGGAUCAGAGCGGUCUCUCGCCGGCUUGUCAGUCAGCUCUAACCUAACCGCCGUCGUUAGCGAUCUACAGAAAGGCGCUUCUACCGUCCCACUGUCCAGUCACAGCCCUUCUUUACAAAGCGCUCCCCUGUCUGUCAAUCCUGCUGCCACUCUACCAGGUUUAAUGCCCUUUGCUGGAGAUCUUCCAACCUUUCCUCAUUUACCAAAUCUAAAUAUCACCCUGCCAGACAUGGGCCACGUAUUGCCACCUGGAGUUGGUGGAUUACAACAUGCAGGUCUUCCAUCACUCACCCAGCCGAUUGUGGUCCCUGGUCUAACUCUGCAACCGUCUGACUUUGUUCUUCCCCCGAACACUGCUGAUGCAGUUCCUGCUGUAACACAGCAUACAACGUACCCCUUCUCCACUAUCCGAAUGAACGGUUUGACGACAAUCCCCAUCCUAUCAUCAGUGGCCUCAGAAUCAAUAAAUAUCACAAUGACUGCAGACUCAUCUUAGCAGAGAACAUUGUUUAAGGUUGUCACUAUACUCUCAAGUCUCAAAAUAUAGAUGGUCUAUUAGCUGCACCACGCAGUUGACAAAUUGCACCCGCACAUUGUAAGGAUUGUUUUAAAAGUUCGUCCAAGCAGUUUUUCGAGGAUACUGAAACCUUGUGCUGGCAUUCUCACAUGAAGUGUGAAUGUGUGUCCAGCAGCAGCAGCAGCCGCCGCCGCCCUGCUGAUGGCAGGAGAAGGAAAAUGACAAGGAACAUUCAAACCUCUCAGCGGUAUUCAAAUUUUCUGAACUGAACAAUUAUGAAAACAACAGUUCAUACCUGAGAAUAGGGCUUUUUUUUUGGGCUUGGCUUAAAAACAAAAAUAUAUAAAUAUAUUUAUAAUAAAAUAUGUAGAAAACCGGUUACUUAUACUGUAAGUGUGCACAUCAGUAUCUUUCAGUGAUUAAAUUCCCACGGAGCCCUCGAAGGGUCACAAUAGGAAUUCAUUUUCUUGAACUACCUUUCCGCCCAACUUUUAUUUUUGCAGCUGUUCUGAUUUAAAGGAACUGUUGUGUGUUGGUCUGGUCCAGUUCUAACACAGGGAAAUAUGCAGAUUCUACUAAAAGGAAAUAUAAUUGCCAAUUUCUCCUCUCAUAAGGUCAAGCUCCAACAGUAUACCCCUGGCUGUGGUGAUAACGGCCAAGGCUGUCAUCCCACAGCUACAGUCAAAAGCAGUCUCUCCCAAUCAGUCUUGGCAGCAAGCGUUGGGAGCUAGGUCAACUAGCUCUGCUAGUCAUCUAUUCAGCUGCAAUAACAGAGACCUGUACCUGAGCCACACACAGCUGAGGGUGCACACACAGAACCAGCAGUGGUCUACCACAUUCAUAAUAAAGCUCAGCCUCUCAAAAUCCCACCGUGACCUUUCAGUGGCUCUGUAAACUACUGAAGGUCUUCUGGGGGAUAUACAAUCGGGGAUUUUUCUUCAGAAAAGCAGUUUGUGCCGUUUGCUUGCUGCAGGCAUUAAAAUAUAAAACUUCGGAUUUUGU